GCGCGCGUGGGGCCCGGGCGUUACGGCCGUUAAAACCGUUAGGGCCGUUGGGGACUGGCAAAAGCGCCUCCGAGCCGGGAGGGGAGACGGUCCGGAGGGAGGCCGGGCCCGGUGGAGGGGCCGGGGGUGUCUGCUGCCCCCCAUGUCUGUCCCGCGUGUUUUUAGCCAGGGUGGUUUUGUGCCUUCGCAGUUUAGGAGGAGGUAGAGGAUGAGUUUCCGUGGGAGAGGAGGUGGAGGAGGAAGAGGUGGUGGAGGAGGAGGAAGAGGAGGCGGCUUUAAUCGUGGAGGAGGCGGUGGCGACAGAGGUGGCUUUAAUCGUGGUGGACGAGGGGGCUUUGGACGGGGAGGCGGCCGAGGAGGCUUCAACAGAGGUGGAUACGACCAGGGGCCUCCAGAAACGGUAGUUUUAUUAGGAGAGUUCAUGCAUCCGUGUGAAGAUGAACUCAUUUGUAAGUGUAAAACAGAAGAAAAUAGGGUGCCUUAUUUCAACGCACCCGUGUACCUGGAUAAUAAGGAACAGAUUGGCAAAGUGGAUGAAAUCUUUGGACAGCUACAAGAUUUUUAUUUUUCAGUGAAAUUGUCUGAGAACAUGAAAGCUUCUUCAUUUAAAAAAAUGCAAAAGUUUUACAUUGAUCCAGCAAAGCUGCUCCCGCUUCAGAGGUUUUUGCCAAGGCCUCCUGGAGAAAAAGGUGCUCCCCGAGGAGGUGGUAGAGGAGGACGUGGUGGUGGACGUGGAGGAGGAAGAGGUGGCGGCAGAGGAGGAAGAGGUGGAGGAAGAGGAGGAGGAUUCAGAGGAGGUGGAGGAAGAGGAGGAGGAUUCAGAGGAGGAAGAGGUGGUGGAGGAGGCUUUCGGGGGAGAGGAUAUUAAGAACGGAACAACGAUUAUCUUCCUGCUGUCUUACCGUAUCAUCUACAGAGGUGAAGAGCAAGAAAAAAAAUCCUAAAGGAUCCUGAAAAUUUCUUGUUAUAAAGAACUUGAAGCUAUGAAAUGACCAUUAUUGUUAAGUUAAUGACUAUUUUUCAACACGGGAAGAACUGAAGCUUGCUUCGAAUAUACUUCAACAUUUUAAACUAAGCCAAGAUUCAAUGUUAUUCUUAAACUUUGCUUCUGACAAAUGACUUAGCCAAUGCUUGACUUCGUGUUGGAGUCUGGAGUAAACGAUCAUUUGAAAUGUGUUUUAGAAAAAGAAACAGCAGGUUCACUACAUGCACAUUUGUCAGUAUGAACCUGUUACCAUGUGUGACUGAUCCCUUGUUCUCAUCCCCUUUUUACGUGGAGUCUUGGUUGCUCUAAAAUGGACAUGCCUUUUAAAUAACCAUAGUGAACUAUUUUUUACCAACUUAAAAACUUUGUUUACAGAUUUUUUAAUGCGUAAUAACAUAUAUGAGAGAAGGAAGAUGGCAAAGAGUAUUUUAUGGGUUUUUAUGUAUGGAUCUCAAUGAAAGCCAAAGGCAUUAAGACCUGUUCUUCUCAGAAGAUACUGUCUAAUGAACAAAACAAGGUUAAUUCUAUUCUUAAGUCACCUAAUUGUAUCAAAUUACACCAAUACUAAACUUGCUAAGGGUUUUUAACUGUCCUCACCUUCUUAGCCUGUUUCUCUUGAGGUUUUGAUGUUCUGGUGCUCUGAGCUCACGGAGGGCUGAUAUUAAAUAGCCCAUUGCAGGGCUCCUCUCCAUGCAGUGCUUUCAGUUAAGCAGAGCUUUAAAAAGUCUUGAAAAAGGCAGCACGAGCCUUCAGUACAGAUUCGGUCUUUUUAAUCAGAUGCAUUGUGGGGGGGUAUUGAAAAGCUAGUAACUGUCUCUUCUUAGAGCAUGGAGAAGCACCCUGUGUUUCUCCAUCCUUAACUUUGGAAAUGGAAUAUGAAUAGGGAAGUAGAAUCUUCCUCCCUGGAUUUCAUCUGGGGUGGGGAGUGUUGGCAGACCCUUAUACCAAGCGUUUUUGAAAAGACGUAUAAUAAGACAUACAAUAAUCUACGUGAAAAAUACGUUGAGCAUGUGGAAAGGAGUACAUUUUGAAAUUGAUCAUACCGUUAUACUUCCUAAUAAUGAACACAGUUGCAGGAAAAUGAGUUCUAGUAGCCUUCUGCUUAACAGAAACAAAGGAUAAUAUCUGUUCAAAGGAGGAUAUCAAAGGAGGAUAUCUGUUAUCUGUAGGAUAACAGAUAAAAAUGCUUUUUGGUAAAAGCAAGAAUAUAUUGAAACGUCUGCUAGGUCUGCUUUCGUAAGAAGAAUUGAAGUCUACUACUCAACCACAGCACAAUUGGGAAGUAAUAGCAACAAAAUAGUCGGUAUCCCUUACUACAGACUUAAAUUUAAUUGGGUCAAUUAAAUACAGACUUCUAAAGGCAUUUAGACUUCCGUUACUAUGCGUUGCCAGGCCUAAUCAACUUAGGGCUCUGACUUGAGGCAUGGUAGAAUUAGAAUUGCCCUUUAUCCAGACAAAAUCUUGUAGCAAUUUUAAGCUCUCUCUGGGAUAUGACAUUGCAACUAAGCAAUACUGAUCUGCAUUGCAGCUGGAAUUGUCAUAACUGUCACAGCUGUGAUUGCAUCCUCUGCUGUGCUCUGUUCCUUCACUGAAGCUUCAGUGCCUAGUUGUGGGUAGCUGCCAUAGCUCUUUCCUUAUUUUUCUGGAUUUGGAAGACUGGGGUAAUGCAGUCCUCUCUCUUGUACCCAAAUCUGUGCUUUGUAGUGCUGUUCUCGCUGCCUGCUCUCAGCCGACUGCUGCUGUCACCUUUCAGUUGCAGUGAUGUGGCAGCUGGUGAGGUGCCGGUACUGCAGCAUAGGACACGAAGCAUAUGCUUUGAAUCUCACAGCAGGUGGAGCAGUGAGUCGUGCUCAAGUCUGAAGCCGUGUUGCAAGGCAAAAGAAGACUUUCAUGUCAGAGGGUAAAGAACAAUGUUAGCCGUUGUAGUUCUAGAGGAAAGAUCUGGCUCUGAUUACAGGGAAGUGGAUUACCUGCCUUACACCUGUAGGCAAAGUUGGAUGGGAUAAACACACAUAUCCAGAGAGAAUUCAUAAUCUUAAAUCUUUGAGGAGGUUUUAGGACAUUCAAAUGCUGACAGAAUCAUAUUGUUAGCAAUCGGGCGUGAAAUGAGCUGCAGUAUGAGGAAGCAGUGUCUGGAUUCAUAUGUUGACUUCUGCUGUGUGGUGGUACCUGUCUUUUUUACAAGGUGCUGGGUAAGAAUGUAUUUAGUUGUGGUAGGGCCCAUCCAAUCCCAAGUCUGCCUUGCCACCUCUGUGCUAUGGCACCUGAUCCCACCUAACCUGAGCACUUGCUAAUUGUAAUAGAAAAAAAAGAAAUAUUACUGUCUUAAAAAAUGUCACUUCUUGUCUGCAAUGUGAUGCUGAAAUGAAAUAAAAUACAGGGUCCAUGAUUUUAUAUGCCA